GUGAUCAGGGUGAAAGUGGUGACCCUGCCCCUCCACCACUGCAACAUCUUCGACCCAGAGGAUUUCAAGGAGACAAAGGUCUUAAGGGGCCAAAAGGAAUUAAAGGUCAUGCUGGCAGCAUAGGUCUUCCAGGUUUGGAUGGCAUUAUUGGAGCUAAAGGUGAACGUGGACCUGCAGGCCUUUCUGGAAGUCCUGGGCCUCAAGGCCCCAAAGGGAUCAACGGAUAUCCAGGAAGGAAUGGUUUAAAAGGCUUUUCUGGUUCUCGAGGUCAGCCUGGAGAAGCUGGGCAGAGGGGUCCUCCAGGAGCACCAGCUCCAUCUCGUGGGUACUACUAUACUCGUCAUAGCCAAACAGUUGAUAUACCAAAUUGCCCAAGGGGUACUACACCAAUGUGGACUGGUUACUCCCUUCUCUACAUCAUGGGGAAUGAAAGAGCGCAUGGUCAGGAUCUGGGUGGUCCUGGAAGCUGCUUACGAAGAUUUUCAACCAUGCCAUUUAUGUUUUGCAAUAUCAAUAAUGUAUGUAAUCUGGCAUCACGUAAUGACUAUAGUUACUGGUUGAGCACAACUGAACCUAUGCCAAUGAUGAUGACUCCAAUUGUAGGAAGAGAUAUACAGAGAUACAUUAGUCGCUGUGUUGUUUGUGAAUCUUCUACUCAGGUUAUUGCUGUUCAUAGCCAAACUAUGGAAAUACCUGAAUGCCCUGGUGGGUGGGAUGGACUCUGGAUUGGAUACAGUUUCUUUAUGAACACUGAUGCUGGUGCAGAAGGAAGUGGUCAGGCUCUUUGGUCUCCUGGUUCUUGUUUAGAAGAUUUCCGACCUAAUCCCUUCAUUGAAUGCCAAGGUCAUGGUCGUUGUAAUUACUACACUACAGCCUAUAGUUUCUGGCUUGCAACUGUUGAGAGAAAUGCUGAUUUCAAAGUUCCAGAAUCUCAGACUCUGAAAGCUGGAGAUCUUCGAUCCAGAAUUUCUAGAUGUAAAGUAUGCAUCCGUAAAGUAACAGGACAAGGAACUGAAGAUAAUGGAAUUUUCCUACCACCAUCAUCAUAAUAGUUCAUUCAAUUUUUGAUUUUUCAGCUUUUUUUCAGUUUUUCAUUGUUUUCUCUAUAGUCAUUUUUUUUAAAGAGAAGCUCCAACAAAAUACGAGGCAAAAGCUUGAGAUACUUUUUCUUUUCUUGGAGUUAAAUUGAACCUGCUGGCAAGUUAAGAUAAAAGGUUCAAUUUGAGCUACAUAGGAGAACUGUAUUACUCCUGACAUUGUGUACUUUUACACAAACAUAAUUAGGAAGAGUUUAUCACAAUGUGCCUUUGUUCAUUAAAUAUUUUAUAAUUAAUGGUGCUUUAUAAUAACACUGCCAAGACAAGCAAGUUUACAUAUAUUUGAUUUUAUAUGUAUUGUACUAUUUGAUCUGUGUUGUGCUUAUAAUAACACUGCCAAGACAAGCAAGUUUACAUAUAUUUGAUUUUAUAUGUAUUGUACUAUUUGAUCUGUGUUGUGCUUAUAAUAACACUGCCAAGACAAGCAAAUUUACAUAUAUUUGAUUUUAUAUGUAUUGUACUAUUCGAUCUGUGUUGUGCUUUAUAAUAACACUGCCAAGACAAGCAAAUUUACAUCUAUAUGAUUUUUAUAUGUAUAGUACUGUUUGAUCUCUGUAUUGUAUUUGAGUGACUUAUUAGUCCUAUAUUCAUGAAUGUCUUUAAUUAUAGAAGCAAAAUUAAUGCCAAGUUACCACGUUACAACUGUAACAACAUAACUCACUAUUUCAUGUUAAGUUUUAAAAACUAUUUGCAAUGUACAGAAGGUCACUGCCAGGCUAUCUCAUAUUAAAACACAAUUUGUGUUUGUUUAAUAAACAAGACAACCUAAUACUUUUGUCAAUAAGUGAUUAGUAGUUUUGUUUAGUUUUUAAUCUCCUUGUAAAGUACUUAUAAUGACCUUAUUUUUAUUUUUCUUAGAGUUUUUAUAAAAAAAAAAGUGAUUUAUUGUUUUUAUUAUUAAAAGCUUGAAAUUUUAGAUGGUUACAUGAAUAAUUUUUAAAAUCAAAAGAUAUAAAAAAAUUGGUGUUUUAGCUUAAUAUAGCAAAUAUUAACACAUUAAUAGUUCGUAAUUUACAUUUCUAGUUAACAGUUUUAAAUAGAAAAUUUCCAGAGCAGUCAUAGUUUGUAGAUUAUGAGAUGUAAUCUCCAAAAUAACAACUAAUGAUGAUUUGGAUAAAAUAUCAUACCCAACUUAAUACUAUUUCUUACGAUCAGUAAUCUAUUAUUUAUUGUGACAGAUUAACUGAUUAUACUAAUUGAAACAACUUUUAAAAACGUUUUUGCCAAAUAUAAAAACUAGUUAAAACGUUAUUUUGACAAUAAAGUGACCUCUUUACUGUAAAUUUUAGCAGAAACCAGUAUAAUUUCUUUAAUGGAGUGAGAUGAUUUAGGUUGUGGGAGGUGGCCCCUGUUGGGAGCUUGAAAGUAUUGUAAAAGUAAUAAAGUUUCAGAAUUUUAUAUUAA